CGCCCUCGCCCCCCCGGUCACGCCCAUUGGGCGGGGCCGUGACGCGCCGCCCGCGCGCCCGCCGCCCCCGCCGCCCCCUGGCGGCGCGCGCUGUGACGUGGCGCUUCCGGCGCGCGGGCGGCGGCGGCGGGAGGCGGUCGGGGAUGGCCUGACCCUGCCCCGCUGGGCACCGAGGGGCUGCGGGACCCUCCGGGACCCUCCGCCGGGCCCGGUAAGGUGAGCGCAGCGCUGCCGGUUCGGUGCCUCGGGAGCGAGGAGGAAAAUCCGCAGCGAGGAGCUCCGGUCCCUGCGGUCUCCGGGCACCGGGGGCGGCCCCGGGGUCUGUUCUGAGCCCGAAGGUGGCACCGGGGCGGCCCCGGGGGUCCCCGCUGCCGCCGCACAGCUCGGACACACCGGGCACCGGGAGGGGAUAGAGGUCCCCGGCUGAGCGCGGGGGUCGCGGAGAUGGAGCCCCCGGCCGCCCCCCUGAUCGUGGGGGUGGGGGACGAGGUGACGCUGGUGGCCGGGGUGGCCGUGCUGGUGCUGGCGCUGGUGCUGGCCUGGCUGUCCACGUACGUGGCCGAUGGCAGCAGCCAGCUCCUGGGCACCGGGGACGCCGCCGUCAUCCGCCUCGGGCCCCUCCCGCCCUACGCGGGGCCCGCGGGGGCGGCCGCGGCCCCGGAGCCCCCCCUGGCCCCCGAAAACGCGGAGGAGAAAGAGGAGGAGGAAGGGGCGGCGGCGGCGCGGGGGGACAGCGGGAGCCGCCCCGAGCCCGGCCCGGAGCCGCUGCCGGACGUCCGGAGCCUGUCCCAGGAGCCCGCCGAGCCCGGUGCCCCCGCGGCGGGGGACGCCUGCCCCGGCCUCAUCAAGAUCCGCCUCAAGUUCCUCAACGACACCGAGGAGGUGGCGGUGGCCCGGCCCGAGGACACCGUGGGGGUUCUCAAGAGCAAAUACUUCCCGGGCCAGGAGAGCCAGAUGAAGCUCAUCUACCGCGGGCAGCUGCUGCAGGACCAGGCGCGCACGCUGCGCUCGCUGCGCAUCACCGACAACUGUGUCAUCCACUGCCACCGCUGCCGGGGCGCCCCCGCGGCGCCCCCCGCGCUGCCCGAGCCCGGCCCCGCCGUGCCUGCGGCCCCCGCGCUGCCCCUGGGCGGGGGCACCCUCAUGGUGCCCACCGUGAUGGUGGUGCUGGCGCUGGGUUGGUAUUUCCGCAUCAACUACCGGCAGCUCUUCACGGCGCCGGCCACCGUGUCCCUGAUCGGUGUCACCGUGCUGGUGACCCUGCUGGCCUUCGGGCUCUACGGACAGGCGGGGUGAGGCGGCGGGAGCCGGGCGGGCUCUGCCGUGUCCCUGUCCCCACAGCGUCCCAGCCCUGCUGCCGGACUCUGUCCCCUAAAGGGGCUGUGGCCCCCCCGGGCUCUGCUCCUCGGCCCCCAGCCCCAGUUCCAGGGGACUGGGACAGCACUGGAACGGCCGAGGCUCCUUCCCAAGGACUUUUUAACGCAAAUAAAGGGUGGCACUCA